AAAAAGUUUAGGGUUUUUGCAGGCUUGCUCGUUGAUAUAAAAGGUAGUCCUUAUCUCCUCUUAUUGUUUAGGUUUUCUUAGCGAGUGUUACCCUUUGCUCUCAGUACUGAGCUUAAUCCAACUUCACAAAGAUGAAUCGGGAAAAGUUGAUGAAGAUGGCUGGUUCGGUUAGAACUGGAGGGAAGGGUACCGUGAGAAGAAAGAAGAAGGCCGUCCACAAGACCACAACCACAGAUGACAAAAGGCUUCAGAGCACUCUGAAGAGAAUAGGGGUGAAUGCCAUUCCUGCAAUUGAGGAGGUCAAUAUCUUUAAGGAUGAUGUAGUUAUCCAGUUUCUAAAUCCCAAAGUUCAAGCAUCUAUUGCUGCAAACACUUGGGUUGUCAGUGGUUCUCCACAAACAAAGAAGUUGCAGGAUAUACUCCCCAGCAUUAUCCACCAAUUAGGACCAGAUAACCUAGAAAAUCUUAAGAAGCUUGCGGAGCAGUUUCAGAAGCAGGCUCCCGAAGGAGCUGCUGGCUCAGCAGAAGCUCAAGAGGAGAAUGACGACGACGUCCCAGAGCUUGUUGCAGGACAGGAUUUUGAGACAGCUGCCGAGGAGACCAAGGCAUCUUAGACUGUUAUUGUUAUUGUGCCCAUCGUUAUAUAUUCUGUGUUUUUAAUUUUUUUUUCUUGAUUUACCAUUAAGUAUUUCAGGUGUUCAGUUCUCCUGUCAUAUACUUUAAACACUUAAAACCCUCUAUUAAAUCUGCUUUCCUCCAUCUAA